CUGACACCACUCAGCAGGCAACGCUUCAGGCUCGCGGAUCAUUCCCAUUUCCCAUGGACUCCGCUGAUUGGACACUUCUCAGGCUUUGGGGUCUGUGCUGUGUGACUGUCUCCUUUAUAGCAGGUACCAGAGAGCUGAACCUCUCUCACUCGCCCUGCGCGGGUUUCUUGCAACUGUGCGCAAAUAGCAACUGCCUGAGAUUCUGUGGGACCCGGUGGAACGAGAAGAGCGGCCAUGUGGCUUGUGCUCAGCUCAACUGUGGGACAGCUCUCCUGGCUCUCACUGAUCUGAGCGACUCGAGAGACAGACAGAGACACCUUGUUCCACAGGAAUACUGGUGCCAUGGCAACGAGAGCUCUAUGGAACGGUGCCCAAUAUCAGAGCAGCAGGAGAAUUGUACUGGGAACCCCGUGUUUCUCAUCUGUACAGGAAUGGGACAGGAAAUAACAGUCGAGAACUUGACUGCAGAUCCAGAACCCCAAGUUUCACCAACACGGCCCACGGGUACCAGUCUCGUGAAGUUGCCCUGCAAUUUGGAGCCUUGUUCUGAGCAGUCUCUCCUGGUGCCGCUACUCGGCCUCCUCCUCGGCCUCUCACUCCUCUGUUUGCUGGCAAUGUGUUGUUGCCCCCCGAUUCUCCGGAAGAUAAGGAGGAGGGUUUCCAAGAAAACGGAGAGUCAGUGGAUCGGCCCAACACGAGCCCGACACAAUGCUUCUUUCCAUCAGACUCAGGGGGGAGGCGCCGCUCAGUCCCAGGGACAUCGGUCGGAACCCAACGAGUACUGCCAGGCGCCCCACUGCCACCUACUCUCUGCCUACCCAGCCCUGGAGGGACUGCUGAGGGUCCCAGACACCCUGUCCGAGAGUGAAUACGACUUGGGCUCCCUGCGCCCCCUGUGACCCACCCGGAGACACCGCUUUAUCAUGGGACAGACAUGGCUGCCAAGUUCAGCGCCGGUGCCAAAGCCCAAACAACUGCACGGAUAUUUCCUAAUGAAACGGAGCCCCCUAUUGGGCCUCUCCCCUCCGGCACCAGAACCCAAUGUAUCAAUGUAUCAUGUGCCCGUGUGUGGGCGGAGCUUUAUCAAUAAACAUAUUAAUAACUGGAUUAACUACCAGGUCCAUCGAACAUAAACAGGACACUGGGUGGGACAUAGAAGUACUGGGGCCAAUGAGGGGUCUCUGUUAGCCACAAUGACUAGCGGCAACCUGAUAGCACAGUACUGGGGGGCAGCCAUAUUGUUCUGCUACACGGGGGUCCGUUACAG